UUAGUUUAUUUCACGUGCUAAGAAAGGCAAACUGUUAACGUCGAAUAACUAAUGGAUAAAUGUGACCUUCCAUAAACUCUUACUUCGGGCUACAUAAAAACGGUGACCCGCCCCUUUCAACGACAACAGUGCAAAGAAUCAAGCAUACGUGACAGUCCAAUCGGCUCUGUACGUGACGUAUUUCCUGGAGAAAAGGGUUUGUGGCAGUUUGUUGUCAUCUCCAUCAAGAAGUGAACCGUUAUAUUGUAUUGUCUCUUUGUCUAUACGUGCAUUUACUUUGCGAAUGUUAAGUAAUGUUAGCAUUGCGUUACUCAAGCCAGCAAACGAGUCAUGUGGAAUAACUGAAACCGUUCGAGGAAACCGUUAAAGAAAUAAUCUGGGUGCGACGGUUAAAGUUGACUGGCAAAUCCCAACCAUGGUGGCGGUGGCAAGUUGUAGGCGGAUGCCAACCAAGACGGGAUAGUUGAAUUCAGCGCUUCUGGAGGAGAAUGGGCGUGUGCGGAUAGCAUUAUCAUUCAUCUCCUGGAGCAAGUGUAAGACGUACAGCGUCAGGUUAGAUGUAAAGUUGAAAGUCAGGACGCAGAAGAAAGGGGAGUCUUGGUCCGGAGGAAGAAGAAGAUGAGAAGGCAUGACGUCUCGUUUCUUGUUGGCAUCUUGUUUGUGUGAAAGCCACGAGUUAGAUGUGUUCAAAAGAAGGGAGGGGAGCCGUGGCAGAGUGGGUGGGAACAAUGGGAGUAUUUGCGAAAAGCAUGACGGCUAUUUCAGCAUAAAGUCUCCUCCAGCGCUGCCGAGAGCUCGCACCGGUCUUCCCAGUCAGGUAAAUUCCUACCCGUUCUGGACAACAGACUGUCUUCAUCCUAUAUACGUGGACCUUUUUCGUUGAAGGAGACAUGACUUAGUCUGACACUCACCAGCUUUUGUCCGCCGCGCUUCCUCUGUGAAGUUUGUUGUGCAACUCCCACUGGGAUCUCAACUAGGGAGGAAGUCAAGGUCACCAGCUGCUGAGGCAAACAGCGCGGCUUCAAGCUUCUCCUCAAUCGGAUUGCGCUACCUCACUACAUCAAAGACUACCCUAUAAAGCUAAUCUUUUGUGUCUGCCUUUGUGAGACCUAAAUCUCAUCCAGGCCGGUUAAGAGAUCAAAGCUAUUAAAAGGGCCACUCUUCUACUUUACUGCUGUAAGGUAGAGCCCGGGAAGCAGUGACAGACAGACGGAUAGACUGUCAAGGUGUUCUCCUUUUCAUGGAUGCCAGGGUAGCCCUGCUGCACUUAUGGACAGUCCUUGUCCUCCUGACAGCAGAACAGAAGUGGAUUGAUGCUGCAGAGGUCUACACCAACACUUGGGCGGUCCAGAUCAUUGGGGGACCAGAGGAGGCUGACCGCAUCGCCAGGGAACAGGGCUUCAUUAACCUCGGCAAUGUUUUUGGAGAUUAUUAUCACUUCAGGCACCAUGCCGUGGAGAAGAGAGCUUUGUCUGGCCACAGGGGGAUGCACAUCAGACUGCAAAAAGAGCCCCAGGUCCUGUGGGCAGAACAGCAAGUGGUGAAAAAAAGGAAGAAGAGGGAUGUCUAUGAAGACCCAAGAGACCCCGAUUUCCCCAAGCAGUGGUACCUGUCCACCCCAACACAUCAAGACCUGAAUACCAAAGUAGCCUGGGCUCAAGGCUACACAGGAAGAGGCAUAGUGGUGACUAUCCUCGAUGACGGCAUUGAGAAAGACCAUCCUGACCUCAUCAGCAAUUAUGAUCCUGAGGCCAGCUAUGAUGUUAAUGAUGGAGAUGCUGACCCCCAACCAAGAUACACACAGCGAAAUGAGAACAGACAUGGAACUCGAUGUGCAGGCGAAGUUGCAGCUGCAGCCAACAACGGUGUGUGCGGAGUAGGUGUGGCCUAUAAUGCUAAAAUUGGAGGAGUUCGUAUGUUGGAUGGGGAGGUGACAGACGUGGUGGAGGCCCACUCACUUAGCCUCAACCCUCAACACAUCCACAUUUAUAGUGCCAGCUGGGGCCCAGAGGAUGAUGGCAAGUCACUGGAUGGCCCUGCCAAGCUGGCUAAGGAGGCUUUCCUCCAGGGAAUCACCAAGGGGCGUGGCAGACUGGGCUCCAUCUUCGUGUGGGCCUCAGGGAACGGUGGUCGGGAGCAGGACAGCUGUAACUGUGAUGGCUACACCAACAGCAUUUACACCCUGUCCAUCAGCAGCACCACGCAGUCCGGCAACGUGCCGUGGUACAGCGAGCCUUGCUCUUCCACCCUCGCUACCACCUUCAGCUCUGGAAACCCUGGGGAAAAACAGAUUGUGACCACAGACCUGAGGCAAAAAUGCACAGACUCUCAUACGGGGACGUCGGCUUCGGCCCCUCUGGCUGCUGGGAUCAUUGCUCUGGCUCUGGAGGCCAACAUGAACCUGACUUGGAGGGACAUGCAGCACCUGGUGGUGAGAACAUCCCAGCCCGGACACCUCAGCGCCUUAGACUGGAAGACCAAUGGAGUGGGACGCAGAGUGAGUCAUUCGUACGGUUAUGGGCUCCUGGAUGCGGGUUCUAUGGUGGCUUUGGCACAGAACUGGACCACAGUGGGGCUGCAGCAUCAGUGUGUUCACACCAUGCUCACAGAACCAAGAGACAUCGGAAACAAGCUGGUGUUCAGCAAGAGUGUGGAUGCCUGCUGGGGACGACCCGAGUAUGUCAGCUCCCUGGAACACGUUCAGGCUCGCCUCACUCUCUCCCACAACCAGAGAGGAAAACUGGCCAUUCAUCUCAUCAGCCCACUGGGCACACGCUCCACCCUGCUGUUCCCCAGGCCCAAUGACUUCUCCACAGAGGGAUUCAACGACUGGGCCUUUAUGAGCACACACUCAUGGGACGAGGAUCCUCAAGGGGAAUGGACCCUGGAGAUAGAGAAUGUGGCAGCUAAUGGUCGUGACUAUGGUGUGCUGAGUCAGUUCACCCUCAUCCUGUGGGGUACAGGACCCAGCGUCGUCAACCCCUCAUCGUCCGACUUCCCUCGACCGUCCAACAACAGCUGCAAGACUUUUGAUGCCCAGCAGAUUUGUAUCGAGUGCAGCCCUGGCUUCUCCCUCUUCCUCCAGGGUUGUGUGAAGUUGUGUCCGCCGGGCUUCACCUCGGGGCCACAGCUCCUCAACCUCUCCCUGGAGAACUGGGUGGACUUGUCCUCCGUCCAGGCCUGCCUGCCUUGCAACCCCGUCUGUCUCACCUGCUCUGGCACCGGGCCUACAGACUGCUUGUCCUGCCCACCUCAUAGCCACCUGGUCCUCACUUCCUGCCUGCAUCAGAAUCAAGUCCAGCGGAAAUCUCCACUAGCCGGAGGACUCCAGGGAGACAGAACACAGUCAGAGGGACAGAUCCCAGCAGCAGUGGACGACGACAGAGGAGAAGGCGAGGAACCCCCGGGGCUUAGCGUGGCUCCAUCCACUCAGCUGCCUGCCGUCGUGGCCGUGCUCAGCUGUGCCUUCAUCCUGGCUGCCUUCAUCGGGGUCUUCCUCUUGCUGCAGAUGCGUUCAGGUGGCGCCUUUUUGGGCUGGAGGACGAGACUGCCCUCUGUGUUUUCAGAGACGAGGGGGGUGCGGGUGGGUUUUGGUUUUGGCUUUGGUCAAGGACAGGAGAGGAAAGCACGGAUAUGCUACAAGGGGAUCCCCACUGUGUGGGGGGAUGAGGACAUGAUCGCCUACCAGUCUGAAUCAGACAGCGAGGAAGUGGACAGUCACAGCGAGAGGACAGCUUUUAUCAAGACGCAGAGUUUGAUCUAGCCGAACAGGCAUCUGCUGUUGUGGCGUCUGCCGCCACGACAUCCCGCAUCAGCAUUUAGAUCUGAGUGUAUGGCGCUGGUACAUGAAGGAAAAUCACACAGGCUCCAAAAAAAACCACAAAAUGCAGGCCUUACCGUCCCAUCAGCACCCGCCCAAAUGCAUUAAGGAGUCAUUCAUUUAUUUAUUUACCUUUUGGGAAUUUAUCUCAUUGUUCAACAGUUUGAUGUCAUAUUUAUUCAUUAUGAAUUUGGAUGUUAAUCACCAAUUUUAAAGGGGAUCUCGGCAUGUUUUUUUAAACAUGGGCCUUUCCAACACAGCUGCAGUGGCUACAGUUUAGUUUUUCAGGGCAGCUCCAACUGUCAUAGUUACACCUGCUAAAAGCUACUUGUAGGUUGACAUAAGUGACAACAUUACACAACAGACCCCUACAGAAAUAGACCUUUUCGUUAAAUUUCGUUUUGCUCAAAGAGAAGUCUCGUCUGAGAUCUUGUGAUAAGUGAGUUGUUGUAUUUGUUGCCCCAUCUAGAUGGUUAAAAUCAGCUCAGUAUUCAGCUAUGACUUGAGAAAUAAAUUCUUGCCGCCAGUUUCGAGGUGAAGUCCAAAAUCGUCUCCCCUGUGCAUCGGUUUGUCCUUCUAUGCGUCUGAUUUGUCCCCAGUACAAUCAUCUGGUGCAUCAGCACCAGCCAGAGUUAAAAUAAACUACCAUUGUUAAUGUUUUAUUUUUUUUAUGAUUGCGGACUCGGGGUCGGGAAAUCGACAUGCUGUUCUUUAAUAGCAACAAAAGUUUAAAUUGAAGAUUUCUGCAGCUUACUGGGACAGCACACUGAAACAUCCUGCAGGCUGUUUGAUAAGCAGGAAAUUGUGGAGGAUGCUCUGUUUUCAAUCAAGGCACAGUGGGAAUUGCCACCGCAGCAUAAACAUAUCAGAUAUAUCAGUCACAAAAUCUCAUUGACUUGUUGAAGAGUAAUGCUGUUUUUGAAUGAAAUAAAACAGCACUUAGCCCAAAGCUGUUUGACUGACCUUUGCAACAUUUUUCUACUUGGUUGCUACUGUUAAGAAACAUCAUUUUCUCUUCAUUUUCCCAAUGGAGCAUAUAUUGAUUUCAGGGCUUCUCUCCCAGAAUGUCUUCAUCAGUUAUAAAGCUCUUUCCCCUUUCUGUUGUGAGUGCCAUACAUUGAAAGACAAAUACCUGCUUUAUUGCCCAUCUACAACACUGAAAACUUGCCGCCACACAAGUUGAAUCAAAGCCUUUGGAUCUAAAGGCCAGAAUUGUGAUAGUGAUUAAGAAAUGAAGAGAUCCUGUCUCGCAUUUCUAUGUUUGUUUUAUAUUCUUUUUUUAUUUAACUUGACAAUGGAUGUUAAUAUUGUGGAGAUCAGUUUCACUCUGGAAUAAAAUGACUUUGGCUGUUGCAUA